AGAAGGUUGUAAACGCUAUGGAGGAAACUAUUGCGAGGCCAAUGCGCCUCGUGUACUGUGACGACGAGAGUGGAGAGGUCAAGGUGAACCCAGAAGCCGUGGAUGCCAUCAAGCAAGUCAAGGGUCCCAUUGCCCUGCUCUCUGUCUCUGGGGUUGAUCGUCAGGGUAAAAGCUCUGUUCUAAACCAGGUUCUUGGCAGUAAUGGGGGUUUUCAAAUUUCAUCAGAUUAUCAGCCAUGCUCCAAAGGGCUUUGGACAUGGAUUGUACCUCUUAAAACAACAGCACUGGAUGAUGGAAUCAAAUACAAUCUCUUACUGCUGGAUGCCGAAGGAAUCGAUGCUUAUGAUCAAACGGGAUCAUAUGGCACUCAACUUUUAUCCUUGGCCGUCCUCGUAUCUAGCAUGCUUAUUUGCAACCAGAUGGGUAGUGUUGAUGAAGCUGCUCUUGAUUAUCUCUCUUGUCUUACCAAAAUGACCAAGCACAUUUGUGCUAGCACCUCAGAAGGACACGGCUCUAUGCCUGAGCAGCUAUCUCCAGACGUUUUUUGGCUGCUAAAGAAUUUUUACCAAGAUUUAGCUGGUGACGGUGCAAAAAUGAAAAUUCAUGAUUACCUAGAGCUAGCCUUAAGGCUGUUACCACGCGGUGUAAAAGACGUAGCUUCUAAAAAUGAGGUUCUUGAUAGUCUGCUAUCAGAGUUUGAAGCAUCAUUUCAUGGUCCCUCAAAAUGGCAGAAUCUUUCGUCCUUCAUGCAACAGAGUUUGCAAGGUCCCAUACUCCAGCAUGCCAAGAAGAAAAUCGAAGAAGUUUCAUCAGAGAAUAAUGAUCUCAUAUUGAAAUGCUGUUCUAUUGAAGACCAAGUGGAACUCCUGACCAAGAGGCUGGAAUCAAGUGACAAGCUUAGAAAUGAAUAUCAGAAAUGUUAUGAGGAUGCCAUUGAUGACAUCAAAAAGCUUUCUGAUCCAUUUAGGAGCCGGAUUACGGAUUUGGAAGGCAGAUUUAGAUCAUCAGAGGAGAGAUGUUCUUCUUUGUUAAAACUGAUCGACUCUGCUGCACAGGAAACCUUGCAGUGGAAAACCAAGUAUGAGGAGAUGUUGACUGAGGAGAAAGCUACUGACAAUCAGUUUAACACAGAAAUAGCAGUUCUCAAGGCCAGGAUCUCUCUCACUGAAGCAAGAGUUGCUGCAGCUAAUGAACGGUCCCAGUCAGCUCAAAAGGAGUCGGAUGAGUGGAAAAACAAAUAUGAAGCUGCUGUUAAAGAAGCCUCGAAGGUCGCUAUUGAGCAUGAAUGCUUAACUAUGGGGCUACAGAACAGAGAAGAUUCCCUGAGGACAGUAUUCUCCAACUCCUUGGCAGAAAAGGAUACCGAAAUUGAGGACAAGGUAGCAAAGCUUGAGCUUGCAGAGCAACAUGUAAGCACUCUGAGUUUGGAGUUAGAGGCUGCAGAAUCAAGAAUAAAGAACUAUGAAUCAGAGUCAUCAGCUUUGAAUCUUCAAAUAAAAGAGUUGGUUGACAAGAAUGAAAUUGUCAAAGCUUCUGCUCAAACAUUGAAGAGACAAGUCCAGAUGCCAGAAGAGGAGAAAAACUGUCUAGAUCAGAAAUUCCGCUCUGAGUUAAAAAGGUCGGAGGAAGCACAUGAAAGGUGUAAAGUUCUGGAAAAGGCUGUCGGUGUAGAAAGUGAACUUAUGAGCACUGCGCACGAAAAGGAUUUUUCUUCUGAAAUAGAAGCAGUUGGUGUUCAACAGCCGACAGUAGAAAGGCUUGCCCAUCUUGAAAAAACACAAUGGCAUAUUGAAAGCCUGGAGCGAGAAAACAGGUACCUGGCUAGUGAAGUUGACAGGUUCCGGGUCUCAGAAGAGAGUGUCAUAUCUAAGGCUGCAUUACUUGAAGUAAAGGUCAAGGAGAGGGAAGAGGAGAUAAAGAGUUUAUUGAAAUUAAUAAAUGAGAAUGGGGUUGGCUCGGUUCAAAUUCUUAAGAGUAGCUCAGAGCCUGAAUGUGCAGCAUACUCAGUGGCAAAUGAGAUGAUGGAGGCCCCAUCCGUUCAGCCUUCUUGCGUUCAGGGAGAAGUCAAGUUACUUCAGCUGGAGUUGAGUCCCAACUCCAAAAAUGAAACUCAUCUAGAUUCUGAGCAGAGAAGUAACUCUUGUGGAAAACGUUCGAGGCCCCCUAAAAUAAUUUCUGAUUUUGUCUGCAUGGAUACUGAUGAUGAAAAGGUCGAGCUAUCAAAAAGGCCCAAGAGCUCAAUGACCCCUUGCAGAUGUACGAUUGUAGAAGACAUGAAUUCUCCAAUUAUGACAAAUGAAGAUAAAAGUGGAAGCCAGAAGUCUAAUUUAGGAGAUUACACCAAGUUUACUGUGACUGAACUGUGGCAAGAGCUCAUGAAACAUGGUUUUGGUGCUGAAUUGCUUGAGCUGAAGAGGCCCAAGAAGAAAGAGAUUCUGGAUCUUUACAAAAAACUUGUCCUCCAGAGACAGUAAUGUCAACUACAAAUUGAGUUUUGCGUUUGACUAACAAAACUUAACUAGUUAGAUUACGUCAGGCCAGACCACAAUAUGUACAAAACUGCUUUGUUGAGCCUAUUAUCAGGUAUUUUGGUAAUCGCAAGGACAUGUUUUAACUUUGAACAUGUUUUAGUCUCAAGUCAGCAAACUGAUUGGUAGAUGAGCCAAGAUAAGAAUGGUAUGUUCCAAAGAACUUUCUGUAGAAAAGCUUUCUGCACUCUAUGAUUACUUUUUGAGGAAGAAAACUUCUCCUGGGAUUUUGUUGGCAACACAAUGUACGGUUAUAACCAAUCAGGUGAUAGUAUCGUUGGUGAAUCUCUUAGUAUGGACUCAAGAGGUUAUGAGUUCAAUUUUCACUAGGAACAAUAUUUUUAUGGUCAUACACCGGACUUUGUCUAAUUUAUCAUGUCGUCAUAUGAGAAACUUUUGUACAUGCAUAAUUAAUGACUUGAGUUUAGGUUUAUAUCGUACGUUGAAAGAUAAACUUUUAUGAUAUCGU